GGACUCCCGUCACCAGUCCAUCGCCGCGCGGCGACAGCGUGUAUCGUGCCGGUGUUUCGCGCGUGUCGUUGUCGCCGUUGUCAUUGUUGACGUGUCGCGUAACGUCGCCGCGAGUGCGAGCAGCCGGGGCCGCGUCACGAGGUCAUUGGUGUUCGCGCGACCGGAACCCGGAACUCCGGCCUCUCGACGACGGCUGAUUCUAUUUCUUUUUUUUUCCCCCCUCCGUCUCUCCGCCGCACUCCGAUCCCCGGCGCUACGAAUGAUUCAUGACGAAUGAUCCACGGAUGAUCCACGGAUGAUCCAACAUGGCGUCGACCGAUCUGUCGUUCGGCUCUAUACCAGCGUUCUACAGAGAAGUCUACGAGAAGGUAUGCUCGCCCACCAGCGGAAACGUGAAGCUCGAGGUGUUCAGGUCCCUGCUCGUCAAGUCGCAACUAAGCGGUUCCAUCGUCAAUCAGAUAUGGAAGCUGAUAGACAGCAAGGCGGAUUAUCUUACGAGAAGCGGACUGUACAAGGGUCUCGCUCUCGUCGCCUUUGCUCAACAAGGAAAGCAACCGAGCGAUAAGCUACUGGAAAACUCCGAGUCGCAAGAAUUACCCGUUCCCGCUCUGGGAGAUCUGUCGGAAGUGACGCUUCUGGCGCAGAGGCUGCACCGGGGCAAUCCCACAAAGCUAAAUCACACCUACUCGGACAUCUGUAAUCUGGACACUAUCGAGGUCAACCUCGUUCCCGAGAAGAAGGGCAUCUUCCUGAAGCACGUGGAGUAUCAAGUCACUAGCAAGAGAUUCAAUUCUAUGGUCUACAGGCGUUACAAUGAUUUCGUGUCAUUGUACGACCUCCUCCUGGCCCGGUUUCCCUACAGAUUGAUCCCCAAGUUACCACCGAAGAAAAUUGUAGGAGCGGACUCGCAAUUCCUCGAAGAGAGGCGGCGCUCUCUCCUGCGGUUUCUCACGCUGAUCGCUCGCCAUCCAGUGAUGAGCAAGGACCCGAUCGUGCAGUUCUUCUUCACGUAUACCGGCGACGAGACGCAGCACAAGAUCCGCGAGGUAUUCAGGCGCGUGCCGGAUGAAUUUGCCACGUCCGAACUGUCGUCGAAGGCGAAAGAGCUGAUGCCACCCGAGACACUGACCGAGUUCGCGAACAGCCGCGAUCAGAUACGCGUGAUACUCCUCGGGAUCUCUCGGCUGAAACACAUCGCCGACAGCCUGGCAAUCAGGUCGCACAAUUACGCGGUGGACAUGGCCGAGCUCGGCAAUCAGCUGAGCACCCUGGCCGCGGAACAGCACGGCACUAGUACCUGGCUCACCGGCGCCUCCAGCCUUUGGCAAGACAUGAAGAAGGGUUUCCACGUAAUCUCGAAAGAGUUCAACCUACUGUCGACCAGAGCGCUCCAGCAAGCGGUUAGGGAGGAGACCAUGGUCUGCGAGAGGCUUAAUCUCCUGCUGGACAUUUUAGUGGCGCACAGAAUGUUGUGCGAGAGACACGAACGAGGUGUCAGCGCCGAUCACCACCGUGCACUGUCCACGAUGCUGUCCCUCAAGAAGCGGCAGAUGCAAGGCGUUAUUCGCGGCACCGACGCCGACACCGUCGAGAGCCUCGAGAACAGGAUGGUCUCCCAGGAAUCCGUAAUCGCCAACGUCGAGCUGAGAAAUUGUUUCUCACUGCUCUGCCUGCACAUGGAGACCCAGCUCGUUCACGCGCACCUAGAGAUACUCGCGACCGUGCUGCAGAGCCUCGUGAACGUGCAGAUCCGCGGGCAUUCCGAGAGGCCUCGUUGGCUGAAGUAUGGAAACUAAUCGAACCGACAAUUACAAAAUGUUUGCCCGAGAAGUUAGCGAGCGGGUCCAAUGGAGGAUAGCACAGGAGCAGCAAAGUUCCAUGUGGGUCCCGACAGAUCAUGCGUUGCCAAAUAACACUGAUAACCGAAACUUGUACACCUAUUCCUAGCAAACAUAACCACUGAUGACAGUACGAUUCUGCCAAAAAAGAAUGAAGAUAGAAGAAUGAAGAUAGAAGAAAGAAGAAAGAAAGUCUCUGUUUUAUAUUAUAACAUAGAUUCUAUAUUGAUCUACAUAUAGAUUCUAUGUCUGCCCGAUUAUUAGAUAGAUUCUUGCAUUUGUGUAUCCUUUGAUUAUCACAAUUAGCAUGAUAUUUAACCGGCGAAAUUUAUACCUUUCAUUAAAUAAUGAUAGAAAGGAAUCUCGAAUGUGUAUAGCGCGUAAAACGUUUUAAAUAUUCUCUGUUGUGUACUUAAUAUAUUUUAUGAACCAACGAAUGAUAUUUCUAAUUAAAUAAUUGUUAAAUCGCUCUAUGUGUACAUAAGAACUUAUAGGUUGUAUACACACACACACACACAUACACACACACAUACACACGUCGUAUCGAUGCGUGAAAAGAGUGCCUAAGCGAUUGUAAAUAUAUACAUAUGUAACUCAAAACCUUUGCAAGAGAAUUUAUAUUUCAUAUCGUGCGUACACGUGAAUAAUCUGAGAAUCGUUAAUGUACGCUACGUUAACCGUGGAUACAUUAACUCUUACAUAUAUUAAAGAGUGUCUCAGAAUUAUCGUCAUUUCAAGUGAAUUUAAUCUAAGUUUACAAUUCAGUCGCCGAAAGUUGAACGAAGAAUAUUUCAGAUAAAGAGGGAAAAAUUUAUUUUCCAAGUGAUCAGAAUAUUCAUAAAUACGCAAAUCGAUGAUAGUUUGGAGACGUUUUGCAUGAUACUCAUGUUUAUAACAUAACAGCGAAGAAAUAUAUUGUUAUUAUAUCAAAAA